GUUCUCUGGGAGGACUUUGUCACCGCCGUGUCAGUCGCCGGGACAGCCGCGCUGUUACAACCACUGCCACGUCAGUGGUCACGUCGUGCCGCAGGGCAGUAAAACGUUGCAUUUAGAAAGACUAGUCGCUCCCCGGGAACCCUGAUAUUUACGAAGUGACGUCAUCACGGUAUGUCAACACAAGUCAUGUCUAACUACUCGGAAAAUCUACAUACCUUGACGGAAGCGUCGACAUCUUCAUCAGAAGCAACGCUAACGAUAUGUUUGGUUCUGCUAGCCAUCGUCACUGUGGCCAUUGUUGGCGUGGUCCUGUGGUACAGGAAAUACAAGCAGAGAAAAUCCAUAUUUCCCAACUGUCUGCGAACCAUCUAUCACAGAGUUUUCCAUCCGGGUUCUCGACUCAAGGAGAGCCUUGAUAAUUUAGCAUUUGAAGGAGACGAGUUCGCAGUAGACGCCGCCUGUGUGGAAUGUGACACACCGUAUUCGCCCGUCAUCUUCAGAAAGGAACAGUCAGUGCAAUGGUGCAAGCCCGGUUCGUCCGCCGACGCCCCAGUUUGUGAAGCAGCCGAGCACAAGGUAGAGUCUGUGUUGUCGGAACCCCGCUCGCGUGUCCAUUUCACUGUGGCUGGUGAAUGUCUCCACCAGGAGAAAACAACCCCAAAGUCAUACACCAGGCGCUUGACUGGUCACCCUACUUCCACAAAGUUAUCCAUGCAUUGCUCGUCUGUUCGUGGGACUACCGAGUGUAAAUUAGAUGAGGAAAAUACCGACUCAAAGUCAUCCGUAAGUUGUUCGCCUGUUGCUGAUUGUCCACCGUGCGACCUAAGCAAGAAGGAAGAUUCUGUUUUAUCAGAAGAUGCUACUGCAGAAAAUUACCUGCACAACAAGAAGAGAAAUUCUUCUUUAUCUCUAUAUUCUUCAUUUAAAGAAGCUAUUGCAGAGUCCGGCCUAUUCAGGAAGACAGGCGCCUCAUCUCAAGCUGCUAAUGUGGGUUAUGACAAAAAUGAGAAUCCGGAUUCUAUAUUUUCUCUACACUGUUCAACUGGAGCUGUUAAUGCUAGUUUUGGCCUAAACCAGAACGACAACGAUUCUACAAUAUCACUACACUGCUCAACUGAAGUUGCAGACCAGAAGAACAGAGAUUCUAUUAUAACACUGAACUGCCCAGUCGAAGCUGCUACUGUGGGAUAUGAACUGAAACUGACAGAGACAGAUUCAAGACUGUCUGUAGAUUGCUCAUCAGAAGAAGUAGCUACUGCAAGACGUGAACUAGCAGAGGACCACCGCGAGUCAACGAAACGCUGCUCGUCGUGGGAGAAAAAUCAUCUAUGGAACAUACUCGACUCUUCUGAAUCAGCCUCUGAUUCCGAACGUGAUAGUAUAUACACGAAUAUAAACGAGUUAGAAACGAUGCCUCUGGAGAAGGCGGAAGAAAAGGAGUCGAGGGUUCUUCAUGUGUCGGAGCUGUCCCACACAGAGUCGUGUCGCCUGGGACAGGUGAGGAAGGUCCGAUCGAAAUCUAUGGAUGAUGGCAUCAACGCCCUUUCGGAUGAUGAUGAUGAUGAUGAUGAUGAUGACAAUUAUAUGUCUCCGACUGAAAUGGAACGGUGGCCGAUCGAUGACACAUACCUGUACUUGCAAAUAAUACCAGAAGAGCCCAUGGAUAUUAUGCAACCAGGUUUUCGAACACUACCUGCGCAGAUAGACGGACAUACGCCUGAGUCCAGUUUAGGCACCCAGAGUAAAAUAACUGCAGGGAACGUCAAGAAACGUGCGUCGGAACCUGGUGACUAUCGCCCUUGGGCAUGGUCUAAAAUGAAACGUCAGGUUACAUCUAAGACGAAGAAUAAAGACAAGUUUGGUCGUAACACAAUGUCUGAAAAACCUACCACUGAGGUGACCGCUAUGAAGCAGCAUGAACAGGUGUAUGCGAACUUGUCGUUAAAGUAAUCGUGUUGUUACAUCCAAGUUGAAGAAUAAAGACAUGUUGCUGAAG